AUGCAAAUUAAGAAUUUGAUCCUCGGAUCUUUAUUAUCAGUUCCAGCUUUGUGUGAUGUAUAUGAUGACCCAGUCUCUUCUACGACUACCUGCACGUUGUAUACUACUGUUACAUCUUAUACCCCAGAAGAGUUGUUGUCUAUUGCGUCUGUAAGCUCUGCGUCAGCGUAUCAGGCGUCACUGGAUGCAGCGGCGGCGGCAGCAGCAGCGGCGGCGGCAGCAGAAGCAGAAGCAGCAGCGGCAGCAGCAGCGGCAGCAGCAGCAGCGUCAUCCUCUUCUGAAAGGUCAUAUUCUUUGGCCCAUGCAACUGGAUUAAUGGCUAUUGCCUACUCUAAUCACACUAACAGCACUAGGAACUCCAGUUUACCGCUUUCUAACCUAACUACUGUUAACACUACCUUGGGUCCAAUUACCUCUGCAUCUUCCCCGCUACCAACCAUUGAGUCUACUGAACUUUUGACUACUGAGAGCACUACCACUGAAUCUUCUAGUUCUUCAGCCGGAGCAAAUGCUGGCCCAAUGGCUGGUGUUGGAAUCAACGGUGUCUUGAUAGGUAUUGUUGGUGGUUUUGUUUUAGGUUUGCUAUGA